UCUGCGGGCGUGGCGCGUCUCUAAGCUUUUUCUUUCGAUUUUUGAUUUCAAGGCGUCGGUGUAACAAUGGCGUCAAGUUCAGUGAGUGAUCUGAAGAUUGUUCUGCUAGGAAAGAAUCUCUCAGAAAAUAUCAAAGUGGAAAAGUUCAUCCAGGGUUCAGCAGCAUUUCACAGUGAAGCUCCUUCAUAUUAUUCACAGCAGCACAUUGAAAGAAACAUCACAAUCAUCAACACUCCUCACCUGCUCCAGACACAUCUCUCAGAGCAUGAGAUAAUACAGGGAGUGAGAGAGUGUGUGUCUCAGUCUGCUCCAGGACCUCAUGUGAUCUUACUCGUACUGCAGUAUAAUGACUUCAGAGAUGAGGACAUGAGAAGAGUGAAAUAUGUGCUGAAACUCUUCAGUGAGAAGGCCAUUAAACACACUAUAGUGCUGACUACUGAUGAAGAGCCACUCAGAGCCAAAUUUACUAAUAAGAUAUUUGAUAAUACUAUUCAUAACUUAAUAAAGGAGUGUGGAGGAAGACAUCUUCAGUUUGAUUCAAGAAACCCAGGAUGGCGCUCUGAGAUGUUGAAAUGUUCAGAUAAGAUACUCAAGGAAGAACAUGAAGAAUUUCUCAUCUGUAACAUGUAUGAGGAUGGAGGUGUUGGAACAUCAGUGGAUGAGGAUCUAGAGAAUUAUGAUCACAAAGGGGGUGGAAAAUUCCUUCAGAGCACAAAAACAGGAAGUGAUGGAGGAGGGACUACUUCUGGAAAAACAAAGCUGAACAUUGUGCUGUGUGGAUAUAAUACAACACUCAAGACCUCAGUGUCUAAAAUGAUUAGAGGGAAACCAAGCAAACAUCAGAAAGAGAUGAGUAAAGUGUGUGUGAAGAAAGAAGGAACAAUUCAAGGACGUCAGAUCACUGUGAUAGAGUUUCCAGCUCUCACUCGGCUCUCAGAGGAGGAAGUGAUGCGGGAGACUCUCAACUGUGUGUCUCUCUGUGAUCCUGGAGUUCAUGUGUUCAUCCUCAUUAUUCCAGUCACUCCACUGACUUAUGAAGAAAAAGCAGAAAUGGAGAAGAUUCGAACAAUAUUCAACUCCAAUCAGCACUUCAUAGUUCUUUUCACUUCUGAACUCACUGUUGACAAAAGUGUGUCAGAUUUUGUUUUAGCCACAGAAUCUCAGAGGAUCGUGAGUCUCUAUGGGAGUUGGUACUAUAUAAUGGGGUUAAAGGACCAUAAAAACAAUGGAGGGAUCUUAAAGAUGCUAAAUGGUAUAGACAGCCUGAAGAUUGAACCCUAUUCACUCCAGACAUACAUGAGAGCUCAAGAGAAGAGAGUCAGACAUGAACUAGAGGAGAAACUGAGUAAGAGAGAGAAUGACAUCAAAGAGUUACAGGAGAAGAUCAAGACACUGGAGGGUGUGAAGCUGAAUCUGGUUCUGUGUGGGAAUGAAAAUUUAAAAUCUUUCAUAUCAAACCUGAUCCUGAACCAGAGCGAGAGAGGAUCACAACUCAGCUCAGAAUGUAUGAGACGGCAAGUGGAGCUUUAUGGACGUCUGAUCAAUCUGCUGGAGCUUCCAGCUCUCACUCGGCUCUCAGAGGAGGAAGUGAUGCGUCAGACUCUCCGCUGUGUGUCUCUCUGUGAUCCUGGAGUUCAUGUGUUCCUCCUCAUUGUUCCUGGUGGUUCACUUAAUAAUGAAGACAGAGCAGAAAUGGAGAAGAUCCAGAAGAUAUUCAGCUCAAGAAUCAACAAACACAUCAUGAUCCUCAUAUACCAGAAUCCAGAGCAUCAGACAGCAGAACUGAAUGAAGAAACACAGUCUGUCAUUGAGAGUUUUGGAGGACGGCAUCAUUCCAUUGGCCCAAACACACAACUGUCUUUGUUGGUGGAGAAAUUGGAGCAGAUGGUGAAAGAAAACAGACAAGGGUUUUUCUCCACAGAGACAUUUCUGGAGGCACAGAUGGGAAAACUGCUGAAAUUUGAAGAAAUGAAGAGAAGAAUCCAUUCACAAGAUUCAAAAGAAAAAGCAAAUGAACUGAGGAUUGUGCUGCUGGGUAAAACUGGAGUUGGGAAGAGUUCAACAGCAAACACCAUUUUAGGAAAAGAUGCAUUCAAAGCAGAACUAUCUCAACAGUCGAUUACUAAAGUGUGUAAGAAAGAAACAAUGAAAAUCAACGGCCGACAUGUUACUGUGAUCGACACUCCAGGACUGUUUGAUACUAAACUGAGUAAUAAGGAGAUCCAGAGGGAAAUCAGCAACUGCAUCUCCAUGAUUCUGCCUGGACCACAUGCGUUCCUCUUACUGAUAUCACUGGGACGAUUCACUGAAGAGGAGGAACAAUCAGUGAAGCUCAUUCAAGAUACAUUUUGUGAAAACUCAUUAAUGUUCACUAUUGUGCUCUUCACCAGAGGAGACGAUCUGGAAAAUAAAACUAUUGAACAGUAUCUAGAAAAUCCUGGAACUCCUUUGAUGAAGCUGAUUGAAGCGUGUGGAAGCAGAUACCAUGUGUUCAAUAAUAAAAAGACUCGAGAAGACAGAAAACAGGUGUCUGAUCUACUGAAGAAGAUAGAUGACAUGGUGAAAGAAAAUGGAGACAGUUACUACUCAUGUAAGAUGUUCAGAGAGAUGGAAAGAGAGAAACAAGAAAAAGAAAAGAAGAUGCUCGUGAUGAAACAUGAAGAAGAAAAAGAUCAGAUGAAGAUGAUAAGGAAGCAAGAGAUACAGAACAGUAAGAGAAGAGAAGAAGAAUUUAGAAAGAGAGAAAUAAGAUAUAAAACAGAGAUAAAAGAAAGAGAGGAACAUGAGAGAAAGAUGCGAGAGGAGAUGAAGAGAGAACGGGAGGAUUGGGAGAGACAGAAACGACAGGAAAGUCAAAGAAGAAAUGAAGAGGAUGAGAAAAGAAGAGAGAAAGAACAGGAAAUGUGGGAUAAGUUCAAUCAGAGACUCGAACAAGAGAGAGAAAGAAGACUGAAAGAGAGAGAAGAUCUUCAGUUGAAAUAUGAAGAAGAGAAAGGAAAAUUUAAGAUAAUGAUUGAGGAACAAAGAUGGAAUCAUGAUAAAGAGAGAAAGAGAAAAGAAGAGGAACUUAGAGAGAAAGACAAACAAUAUAAAAGAGACAUUAAGGACAUAGAGGAUCAAGAGAGAAAGAUGCAAGAGGAGCUGAAGAGAGAACAAGAGGAAUGGGAGAGACAGAAACAACAGGAAAGACAAAGAGAAGAAGAGGAGAAAGAAACAAGAAAAUCUAAUGAACUUAAGAGAAAUCCAGAGGGUCAGCUCACAAACAAUGAUGAAGAUUCAGGAUGUUUGAGAAUCUUGCUGUUUGGAAGGACAGGAAAUGGAAAGAGUGCCACAGGAAACACUAUCCUUGGAAAAAAUGAGUUUCACAGUGAAGAUAGUAAACGUUUGGUGACCACUACUUGUAAGAAGGGAGAUGGUGAAGUUGAUGGUAAAUCAGUAGCUGUUGUUGAUACUCCAGGACUCUUUGACCUGACACUGUCAAAAGAUCAAGUUCAGGAAGAAAUGAUGAAAUGUGUUUCACUGUCAGCACCUGGACCUCAUGUGUUCAUCAUUGUGUUGAGUGUGGGAAGAAUCACUCAAGAGAAGCAAGAUACUCUAGAGAUGAUAAAGAAGAUAUUUGGCCCAAAAGCAGCAGAGUUCAGCAUCGUUCUCUUCACUAGAGCAGAUGAACUGAAAGAGCAAACAAUAGAAGAAUAUGUAGAGAAGAGUAACAAUGAUGAACUCAAGAAACUGAUCAGUGACUGUGAAAACAGAUUCCUGGCUUUUAACAACACAGUAAAAGAAGAUUGGACACAAGUUACUCAACUGAUACACAUGAUAGAAGAGCUGAAGAAAUCUAAUGAGGGACAAUACUUCACUAAUGAGAUGUUUGAGGCAGCGAUCUCCAUUGAAAAGAGAUUGGAAAAACUAAAAGAGAAAGAAAGAAAAAAUCAGGCUCAAGUUGAAGAAUUAAAAGCCAAAUAUGACAUGGAAGACAAAAGCAUGAAAGACAGACUGGAGGAGAAGAAACAAAAGGCAAAUGAGGAAAGAGAGAGGCUGAAGAACAAGUUCAGUGAAAAAGAGGAAACACUGAGGAGAGAGUUUGAGGAGAAAGAAAAAUCAGAGCAGAAGAAACAAGAGGAUGAGGAGAAACAGAAACAAUCAGAAGAAGAAGAACAGCGAAGAGCUGAACAUGAUCAAACAAUAGACAAGAUGGAGAGAGAGAUUGAAAAUGAGAGAUUACAGUAUGAAAAACUGCAAAAAGAAAGAGAAGAGGAAGAUAGAAAGAGAGAAGAAGAAUAUAAACAAGAUAAAGAAAAGAUGAAAAAUGAGCAGGAACACAUCCUGGCAGAGUUAAGAAAAAAACAGGAAGAGGAAAUAAAAAAGAGAGAUUCAGAGGAACAAGUGAGGAAGAAACAAGAAGAGAAAGAGAGAGAAGAAUGGAAGAGAAAAAUAAAAGAGGCUGAAAAUGACAAAAAAGAGAUUCAAGAGGAAAUUAAACAAGAGCAGAAAAAAUGGGAGGUAGAGAAGAACAGGCAGAUGAGAGAACGAGAGGAAGAGGAAAGAGAGAUAAAAGAGAUACAUCAGGAACAACUGAGAGAAAAACAAGAAGAACUGGAGAACAUGAGAGAGAGAUUUGAAAGAGACAGAGAAGAAGAAGAACAGAUGAUAGAGGAGGAGAGACAAAAACAGAAAAGAGAGAUAGAAGAAAAAGAGAAAGAGAGAAAUGAAAUGGAAAGACAUUAUGAGCAGCUGGAGAGAGAGAGAAAAGAGGAGUGGGAGAGAAGAAAACGAGAGGAUGAAAAGAGAAGAAAGGAGAAGAGAAAGAGAUGGGAGAAAAUGGUGAAAGAUCUGAAACAAGAUCAAGAAGAAGAGAUAAAAAGAAGAGAAAGAGAGGAGAGAGAAACAAUUAGAAGAGAAGAAAAAGAGUGUGAUGAAAUGAAAAAGAAACAUGAAGAUGAAAUAAAGGAGAUGAUGAAGAAACAUCAAGAUGAAGCCAGAAAACAAGAAGAAGAAUUGAAUAAAUUCAGUAAGAGAGAAGAUCAGCAUGUUCAGGAGUUCAAGGAGAGACUUGAAAAACUAUAUGAACUUAAAAGAAAGCAAGAAAAACGGUGUCAUGUCAUGUGAAACAGAUUUAAACAUUGAUGAGCCAAAAACUAGGCACUUGUCUUUUGUAAUAUAUGUGAAGGGUUUUCUGUAUUUCUCUUUCUCUUUAUUCACUUCAGUCAGGACUCUUCACAUCUGCUCCUGUCCUGUAGAGUUUAGUCGUAACUCUGCACUAACACACUGGCCACUCAUUAAGUGAUCCUGAAGACCUUGAUGAAGGAGUUUGAUUAGAGGUGAAGUUAAGCUGUGGCUCUACAGGAGCAGAUUAGAAUAGACCUGAACUAAAGUGAUCAUACAAAAUACAUUUUCUCUUGGUAGAUUUUAGAACACGAUGAAAUAACAUGAAUUAUAACAGACCUUAAAAGACAAAAAUAAAAUAAAAUAAAAUAAAAUAAAAUAAAAAAAGAAAGGAAAAGUAAUAAAUAAAAAGAUAGAAAAGAAAGAAAGAAUCUGAAACCGAGAAUGCAAGAAGAAAAAACUGAACUAAGAAACUAAAAGAGCAUCAUUCUGGGAUUCAUUUAAUGUGUAUUUCUGAAAGUAUCUUCUGCUCACCAAGGCUGCAUUUAUUUGAUCAAAAAUACAGUAACAGGUUUGAAAGCAUUUUAAAGGAAGUUUUUUUCAUUUACUUUGGAUGUUGUAUUCUUUGAAUCAUUUGAUUAUUGUAAUCUGAACAUUAUUCUAAAAUUACACUGUACUUUCACAUGAUAACAAAUAAAAAAAAUCAAAUAAAAUUACUCAUUCACACAGAUCAUGUGAUGCUGUCAGUCCUUCAAUGAGGAAAAUGUACAACAGUAACCAAAUACAUUUUACAAACCAUUUAAAACUAUUUCAAUCAUGACAACUCUCUGAAUAGUUUCAUCUGCAUGUAUGGUGUGAAGCUGCCUCCUUGUCAUUUCUGACUUAUAGCAAAAAACAGAACAAUGCCUUAAAGCUGCUGUGUGACGAGGUGUACAGCAAACAAGCUAAAAAACCCAGAACUAAGUUUUUAUAAGCUACUGAACCAUAAAAGCCAGCCUUUAAGGAGACAAAAGUGGAUACAGGCAAUAAGAAGUGAAGCCUCAGUAAGCCUACGUGUG